AUGACGUUUUUGCAAAAACCCGAGUAUAAAGCACGUGGGUCCAGUUCCGCAAAAGACGGUAGUAAUCCUAGGAAAAUUGCAGGAAAUUCCACUGCAGUGAUUUGCAGGGCUUUAAAAGAGUUUAUAAUUUUAUCAUUAAAAGGUUUUAAUGGCCUUCAUGAAUGUUUAAAAGCUUAUUAA